AUGACAACAUCACGUCCAGCACCUUCCCCAUUCAUUCAUUCAGGGUAUACGGAUCUGAUAUCACUGGUAUCGUCUACACCAUCAAGGCUAGGUGCAAAUCUUGCAUCUCAUUCACCCGUGGGCAUCUCAUCACAAACUAACAGAGGUCGAUAUCGCAAUGUCGGAUCCAGGUUUCCCGAUGAAUUUCCUGGAUUGCCUAGAGCAGACUCAUACGCUAGAAUAAUGGAAGAACAGAUUCCCGCUGCUUCUAGAGGUGGAAGAGCAAGAGGUUAUGCCAGAGGUGGAGGAAGGAAAGGUGCUAUAAGUGGAAAAGAAGCAUUCUCAGGUAAUGAAUUAAGAAAGAGGAAGGUGGAUAAGAGGAUGAUCGGGCAUCCUACGGACUUUAGACAUAUCUUCCACGCAUCGACAUUUGAAGAAGCGACCCAGUUGUUAAUGCGUUGGUCUAUGGAGGGUGUAGGAGAUAAGAUAGGUGAUCCUGCCUGGGCAUACCCUAUCAAGGAGCUGGUGAAAGUUCGAGCUAGAGAACAGCAAGCUCGAGCAGUAGCUGCUGUUGUAGAAGCCACUGCUCGUACACGUGAGCUGAGAGAUGUCGAUAUCAAAGAUUUAAAACCGCCCGGCACUUUGAGAGUCGUCAAUGGGCUUCCUUCAUCCAUAUACUCAACCACCAAUACUCUUCUCAGAUCAGCAGUUGAUAUUCAAGCUCCACCAAACGGAACAAACAAUUCCUUAUCAACUGGUCAAAUAUCAAUAUCACCUUUUCUAGAAAACGGAUCAACACCAAAUCUCAUAGCUAAUUUUCAAGGAUACUUUGAGCCUCAUAGUAACACUGGCUUGAGAACGCCUACUAGCCCGUUGGAUAACCCUUUCAGCUCUCCACCAUCAACUGCUAAAAAACUUGUUGGCGGAGAACACAAACAACGCGGAGGAAGCACUCAACCCCUUCAGAUCAAGAAAAAGUCGCUACUCCCUGUUCCGAAUGUUCAGGAAUCUCAGGGGACUAAACUUGAGGGAGUCGUUUCUGCAAAUUCGCUCCCAGCCGAAGAGGUAAAAAUCCCGCCCACACCUUCUAGUCCACCUACUCCAAGAAGUAAAAAAGACUCCAGACCUAAAGCUCAAGAUAUAUUCACCACAUUACCAUUCAGAAUUGUGAAACCUUCUUUACCUACAUUGGAGAAAGCAAUGUCAAUCGCUCUGUUCUUCGAGCAAUAUUAUCAUGCUCUGUUGAAGCCUCCAUCCGUACACGCAGGAGCAUCUUCUUCUGCCGCUAAGCUUGUCCAUCCAGGCAACUAUGUUCUGAACCGUGCGAGAAGAUUGGCAGCUUUAGAGUCGACUUUCGCUUUACCAGAAAACAGGUACAUGUCUGAUGCAGAGAAGGAAUCGAGAAGAGAUGAACUAAUAAAGGAGGAAGGUAUAAUUUUGAGGGAAAGAAGAAAGAAGGUCGAUGUCAAAGGAUUUGAGUUAGGCAGAGUUAUAGGUCAUGGUGCUUUCGGGGUCGUUAGGAUCGCUAGAGAAAAAGCAGGAGAAAGAUUAGUGGCAAUGAAGCAGCUUCGUAAAGCAGAGCAAGUUAUGCUUCGUAAAUCACAAGAAGGUCAUGUUCGUGCAGAGAAAGACCUAUUAGCUGCAGCAGCGUCGAGGUCCUUAUCGACCGCCAUAUCUGGGGAUUCGAGCAAAUCAUCUUGGAUAGUUGAAUUGUAUUACGCUUUUCAAGAUACAGAUCAUCUUUACCUGGUACUAGAAUUUAUGGGAGGAGGAGAUCUACUAAAUCUCUUAGUGGAGAGAGAUACUUUCCCAGAAGAAAUGACAAAAUUUUACGUUGCCGAAAUGAUCUUAGCUUUGGAAGAAACGCAUUCGUUAGGAUUUAUACAUCGAGAUAUCAAACCUGAUAAUUUCUUAUUCACCAAGGAUGGUCAUAUAAAAGUGUCGGACUUCGGUCUUGCAACUGAUCUACAUUGGGCCCAUGAUACGAGUUAUUAUGAACAUCAAAGACUUGCACUUCUUAAAAAGCACGGUGUCGAUUUAGAAUAUCCAAGCACGAAAACGAAAAGAAUGAAAAAGGAAGACGUGGAGAAGAUUAUGGGUAAAGAAUGGCUGGAAGAAGGUAAAGGUGUGCUCACUUGGAGAGAUGGCAGACGAAGAGCUUUGGCUUAUUCAGUUUGUGGGACAAACUCUUAUAUGGCCCCCGAAGUCAUUCGUGGCCAGGGAUACGGAUUCAGCUGUGAUUGGUGGUCUUUAGGGAUAAUUAUGUACGAGAGUCUGUAUGGGUAUCCACCGUUUGUCAGCUCAUCGCGACAUGUGACCCGACAGAAAAUCCUCAAUUGGCGAACGACACUCAAAUUCCCGCCUAAACCUAGACUUUCUCCGGCAUGUUUGGACUUGAUGACUUCAUUGCUGUGCGAGCCAGAAGAUCGUUUAGGUACUACACCUUUGGAGAAGGCAUCUGUACUUACAAAUAGUACCUCACGCAAUCGGUCAUUAGGGAGAGGUUUAGGGAAUGACGGAGCAGAGACUAUCAAGAAACAUUCAUGGUUUGAAAAUAUCGAUUGGGAGAACUUGCAUAAACAAACUCCACCUUAUCAUCCUGAUCUGUACGCGGAAGAUGACACGAGGCAUUUUGAUGAUGACAUUCCCGAUGAACCUCUAGCGGCAGCGAACGGAGCAGCAGCGGACGCUACUAAAGAUCCGUUGUUGAGGGAUAAAACUCACGGAGCACAUUUGCUAGAGAUUAGGAAAAGUCUGGCGUUCAAAGGUUGGACGUUCAAAUCCCCAUCACUAGUUGAAAAGCGAUAUGGGCAUUUGACUCCGAACAACUUGUCGCACAUGAGAGACUUAUCAGAGGAGACUGUUUAUGGUGAUCAAGGAGAAACGGGGCGUGAAUGGGACCGUGUAGAUAUGGGAACUGUCAGAAAUAGGGCUUUAUCUUUCUAA